AAAGGACAUGGUUUUAGACGGUAAUUCAGAUAAUAGAGGGAUUCUAGAUAGGGAUAAUUGAGAUUUAAUGAAAUCAAAACUACGUAAACACUAAACAGUUAGUAUUGUUGAUACAUACAUUUUGAACGUUUUGUCGUCUUAAUACUCUACACAGGAAGGCAUACAAUUGGGGGUCUUAUUGUUGAAGUCGCCAGUGUGGCAUUUUUGAAAUAAUUGUCUAGUUACAAGAUGGAACGAGCAUUUUCGAUACUUAUGGUCGUCUCAAUAACCGUCAUUGUGGUGGCAUUUGGCGAUCGACUACAAUGUAAAGACCCGAAUGGACAACCGAUAGACUGGUUUACGGCUAUCAAGCUGCCAAAUCUCAAGUCAAAUUUGUCCGAUGGAACCGUUUACGUCUAUAUGGACGCCAAGAACCAGGAAUGGACCUACUUUACAGGGAUCAUAACCGAAAAGUCAGCUAUCGGACACACGGUAUCGCAGAUGUACACGACCAGCAAAACCUACAACGAGUCGAUAAUGUGGAUCGUAUACAACGAUGAACCGACAAAUGGUCCAACGACAUUUACGAAGGGCCACUCCAAAGGUAUAGUGGUAGCCGACAACAGUUCGGGUUUUUGGCUAGUGCACAGCGUGCCCUUAUUUCCGCAGUUACCCUACCAAAACAACAAUUCGUACACGUAUCCCAAAACCGGUGUUAAAUACGGCCAAAGUUUUCUGUGCAUGUCCAUGACGGCCGAGGAACUGGAUAAAGUAGGCAAUCAAUUAAUCAAAAACGAGGCGUUGGUAUACGGCAGUCACUUCGGAGGUGAUCUGAAAUCCACGUACCCGGGUUUGUACAACGCCACUCUGCCGCACAAAAAUCCAAGAGUAAAAAAUGAUGAAGCGAGGUUACAACCUCUUCGAUCUGCCGAGGGCGUAGAGUUCUUGUCUAUUUCUAAAAACAGGCACUUUGAAAAAGAUUUAUAUGAAGACUUAAUCACACAGAUGGCACAGUCAAAUGUGUACACAGAGACUUGGUUGAAUUCGCCUGAUUACUUAAAUUCGUCAUGUUCUGGUCACUACAAGACUAUGAACAUUAAGUCACUGGCCAUGAAGAACAUUAAAGGGUUGAAUAAUGUAUGGUACAAGUCAUCUUUGGAUCAUUCCAAAUGGGUUGUGACUGGGAAGAGUUCUGUACACUGGACUUGCAUUGGUGACAUAAAUCGAACUGAACACCAGAAAAAACGUGGAGGUGGAACAGUAUGCGUAAAAUUAAUGCCUAUAUGGAAUCAUUAUAAACAACUAGUAUCAAGUAUUGAAAAGUGUAAAUCCUAGUGCUAUAAUUAUUAUCCGGAUCUUGUCUAAGUAUUACUAUUAUUAAAAAUGUCAUUGUUAUGUAUUUAAUUUUUUAAGUAUAUUCAAAGUUCUGAGCGGGGCAAUGCAUUCAUUAUUGAUUGUAUAAUGAUUAUGUAUGUACCUACGACCUACCUUAUAUGUUAUAUGGAACAUAAUAGUAUGUACGAUAAGAAGUUUAAAACAAUAAAAAAAAAAUUCUUUGAUGUUUAA